GGCAUCGUACCAGCGGGUGCUCAAGCAGCAUAGGGUGAGGUGUGGCCGCCAGGGCUCCAACGAGCUGCCGUCGGGGACGAUGGGCGCCUGCCUGGUCGAUUGCUUGACCUCCCUCUACCUGCAGGGCGAGCGGGCUUCGACGGGCGUGCGCGUGGUGGGCGCGGUGAACCGCUUCUACCCGAAGUAUAUCAGGCCGUCGUCGCUUCUCGGGCUGCGCCCCGCCGACGUCGUGAAGCCGUGCGCGGGGAGUCGGCGCUGGAAUCUCCUCCUGCGCCCCCGAGAGGUGGCCGCUCCUGACAAGUCCAGGGAGCUCGUCUUGCGCAUGAAGCUGGACUCGUCGUGGCUGCCGUGGCUGGGCCGAGUCGUGGGCGGGGUGCAGAAGCUGAACCCUUGCGAACCAGCGCGGCCGUUUGACUACCCCGCGCUGCUACGCGAAAUGAUGGGCUCCGGCGACCCUCGGCAGCUGUGGCCGAUCGCGCCGUGCCAGGCGCGGCACUCAGGCGCCGCCGUCGACCGCGCCAGCGGCGAGCGCAGCCAGGCAGAAGUGCAGCGCAGGGGCGGCGGGUGCCAGUUGAAGAAAAUGGCGCUCCACGAGAAGGGGGCCCGCCUUGGGCAGGGGGCUCAGGCGCGCAUCGCAGUGCUGCUCGCCUACGGGGGCCGCUGCCUGCGCGAGCUGGAGCCCGCCUUGCCGCGGGGGCGUGCGGCGCUCUUGAUCGGUGACCGCCUGUGCGGCAUCGUUUCUCGCCUGGCCGCGCAGGGCGUGCCCGCCUGGAUGCGUCGCGGCGACGCGCUCGGUGAUGGGCGGCUGGGCGCGCCUCUGGGGCGCCGCCUGUUGGCGCGCGCGCGGCGUGCGGAGGCGGCCGCGCUGUUCCUGCCGCCU